GUAUGCAUGUAGAGAGAGAGAGAAACUUUCCCUCCCACUUUGUCGACACCGUCGAGCUCGCGUCUGAUUGGCCGAGUCAAUUCCAUAGCCGACACUUCGCGUAUAUCUAAUGAGAGAUAUGACACGGACUUGUAUCAAUGCAACACAGGCGCUCUCGGUAUGUUGACAUAUAGUGAAAACACACAGGUGAAUAGGCGAAGAAUCAUGAAUGGACCUCUAAGUUUAAUAGAUGCAAGGUAUCCUCAUGGAUAUGGGAUUCUAUCUACCUUAUCUGGUUAUGCACAUUUAGGGGGACCUUUUGCCUCCCUCGGACUUCAUUCUGCUGGGAGUCAGUAUCACUUUGAUUACAAUGGACACCCGAACUCUCGUGUUAAUUUCUCGAUGGAUGGAAUGUUGUCACCAUCUUCAACCUCUCCUAGACAUAAUACGUUAUCCGGAUCGUCAGAUAAAACCCUAUUAAAAUCUCCAGAUAAACAUGACGAAGACAGGGAAAGUCCAUCAGCUAAAAGACGGCGCACUAGAACUAAUUUUACCGGGUGGCAACUUGAGGAGCUUGAACGAGCUUUCCAAGACAGUCAUUACCCUGAUGUGUUCAUGAGAGAAGCGCUAGCGUUACGUCUGGAUCUCGUUGAAUCUAGAGUACAGGUUUGGUUCCAAAACAGACGUGCAAAAUGGCGCAAGAAGGAGAAUACCAAGAAAGGUCCUGGGCGUCCCGCACACAAUGCACAGCCCCAAACAGCGAGUGGCGCGCCAAUGGAUCCUGAUGAAAUCAAGAAAAGGGAACAGGAACGGGUAGAGAAAAAGCGCAAGAAACAAGAGGAACGUCUAAGGAAGCUCGAAGACAAACGUAAAUCCCUUCAAGACAAUAAAGUUGGUUCAGAUGGGAACGCGAUGUUACAUUCUGGUUCAGAAAGUAGUCCCUCUGAGAACGAAAGCUGUUGUGAAAAUGACAAUAGGCUAUCAUCCCCAGCCUCCGAGAGUCGUAACAAUGAACUACCUUGCAUGGAAAAUCCUGAUGAAGAAUCAGGUGACCGGAAGUGUUCGUUUAGUAUAGACAGUUUGUUAGAAACACCAAAAGUCCCGCGUGGGCGUCGUCCCAACUCCAAGUAUCCUCGUGUGCAAGCAAGUAAAUCAGUGAACGCACUCGGACUAGGCAUGAUGCCUUUGUACCCUAUCACACAGCCUGUGGGCUUCAUUGUAGAACAACGACCUCACGCAUCGGACGAGGACGAUGAUUGUUCGGACAUUUCCGUAUAUAGCCCAGGAUGUGCUAGUGUGUGCGUCAAUAACGAAGACAAUAAAAUUGAUGUUGACGUUGAUGAUUGUCAUAGUGCUAAUGAGAUGGACGUUGCUAGUCACCAUGGUGACGACAGAAGUCAUUAUGGUGACGAUGAGGAUUCGGACGAUAACAUAUCAGUGCAUUCUCAUCACAGCCACUGACCGUUACUGACCACUGCUGGCCAAUAUUAACUCAUACAUAUGUACCUCUACAGGUUCUACCUGGUCAAAUUCUAUUGAUGAUGUAACAUUUAGCUCAUUGUUGUAAUUUCUUAAAGAAAAUAUGUUGAAGCAAAUAUUUUGUUUGGAUAACAUUUUUUAGAAAUGAAUAAUUAUAAUUACAAUAACAUGUCAAUGACACAACCUAUGAAAAUACCUUUGAAAUAUGUUAGUAUAUCUUACUUUAUUCAAACUUCGAAUAAAAAGUAUGUCAUCUUCUAUCUUAUUCUAACUUUGAAUAAUCUUAAUUCAGUCAACAUAAAAUUGAUUAGCAACAUUUUCAACAUAUUUUCAAAGUUGAUAUCGACGAGAAGCGAAUGUUAUAAUUCCGACAAUGUGUGUAUUACUUACUCACUAUUUCCAUGAUGAGACUUUGUGCAAUAUACUUGGCUGUUUGGUCUUCUACCUGUAACGUGUUGUCAGUGGCCUGACCACACCUGGCCACUGCUGAACUGACCCCAGCGAUGGUCAUCCCUUGUAUGUAUGUGUCUGUCUUAGUAUUUGUUUAAAUAAAUGUCAGACAUUGUGUCAAAAUAUAAUCACGCAUUUAUGUUCUUAUUUAAUGUUUGUUUUCAUGGCUGUUUACCUUAAUCCUACCGGAACGAUGUUUUUGUGACGUGCUUCUAUGAACACAAUGCAAAUUAAAUUCAACGAAAAACGU